AAACAUAAUACAGUGCAAACAAACCAAACCAACCACCCACAGAUAACAGUACAUACAAGCAAGCGUCGUCAGGCAGGCCGGGUCAAUAUCAAUAGGGCAGGUAGGUACAGGGGGAGCAAGCGGAGAUGGGUCGGGGUCACAGGCCAGGUUCAGCAGGUAGCAAGCAGCGUGGUACAGAGGGUCAGGCAGAGGGGAUGGUCAGGAGCGAGCCGGGAUCAGAGCAGGAGAAGUCAGCAGCGGUUCAGAUCAGGCAGGGUCAGCAAAGGAACAGAAACAGGAUGCAGGACAGAUACAGGGCCCAGGACAAACACAACACCAAGGCAGAGUCUGCAAGUCUGGCCA